AUGCGAUCGGGCGUAGCGCGCGCUGUGUGGGAUCAGUAUAGGGAGCUGAAGAAGGAGGCAAAGCGUAUGCCGCAAAAGGAAGAGAGAGGCCGAAGUCCCAAAGAUUGUGAUCUACCCAAAGCGGCAAUCACGGCACUGCACGCCGGCGUCAAUAGUUUCGGCCAACUGCCACCGAACGCGCAAAAUCAGGCCGACGUGGUGUUGAACGGCGGUGGUGGCGGUGCGGCACGGUUGCAUGUCACAGGCGGGCUGUGCGAUACGCCGAAUCCGCAUCAUAAUAACAACAACAAUAACGUGAGCAACAACAACAUGCAACAGCAGGAUCAGAAGCGACAUCGCACCCGCUUCACACCUGCUCAGCUGAACGAGUUGGAGCGUUGCUUUUCGAAAACACACUAUCCGGACAUUUUCAUGCGUGAAGAGAUUGCGAUGCGUAUUGGAUUGACAGAAUCGAGAGUGCAGGUAAGUUUUUAA